AGAAGAUAGGGCUAAAGGCUCACAAGAGGCUUUGUUUCCUGUGCUGUUCACAAUGGUUUUUUUACAUUCAUUUCAUUUUGGGUUAGAAUUACGCCACAAUGCAACCAGCAAGAAGAUUUCUAUGCGUCAAGGCAUUUGUCAGCUACCUGCAUGUGUUUUGCUUGCUUUCUUUUUCUGGAGCCUUACGGAUGGAGGAAAGGUGUUGGUAGUACCCAAUGAUGGCAGUCCCUGGCUCAGUAUCCAUCCCGUUUUGGAACAUCUUCAGCAGAGAGGACACCAAGUAGUUGUCGUUGCUCCUGAGACGAACUUAUGGAUAAAGUCAUCUGUACAUUAUACAAUGAAAACAUUUGCCGUGCCCUACUCAAAGGAAUACUUGAAAGCAGAACUCCAAAAUCUUGGUCACAAUAUUUUUGCACGUCAGCCUUUCCUGGAAAGAAUGACUGCGACAUUUUCAAAAAUAAGAAAUAUUACAAUGCUUCUAUAUAAUAAUUGCAAGCAGAUUUUAUACAACAAAGAGCUGAUUACUUACCUUGAAGAAACCAAAUUCAAUGUUGUAUUUAUGGAUCCAGUGUUUCCAUGUGGGCAAAUCUUGGCUGAGUAUUUAUCCCUUCCUUCUAUUUACUACUUGCGGGGAAUUCCAUGUGGUUUCGACUUUGUGGCAACACAGUGUCCAAACCCACAAUCUUAUGUCCCAAAAUUUUUCUCAGGCAAUACAGAUCACAUGAACUUUAACCAGAGAGUGAAUAAUGUUUUAAUUGGCUCACUGGAAUUCAUGAUAUGCUAUUUUCUUUAUUCACCCUAUGGAACACUGAACAAGGAAUUUCUGCACCAAGAUAUGACAGUAGCAGACCUUUAUAGCCAUGCAUCAAUUUGGUUUCUGCACUAUGACUUUGUUUUUGAAUAUCCCAGGCCUGUCAUGCCCAACAUGGUCUUCAUUGGGGGUAUAAACUGUGCAAAGGAAAAUCCACUAACUCAGGAAUUUGAAGCCAUGGUUAACAGUUCUGGCGAACAUGGCAUUGUGGUGUUUUCCUUGGGUUCAAUGGUUUCUGAAAUUCCAAUGAAAAAGGCUAUGGAAAUUGCUGAAGCGUUGGGAACAAUACCUCAGACGGUGCUAUGGAGAUAUACAGGAGAAACACCCCCGAAUCUUGCAAAGAACACAAAGCUUGUGAAGUGGCUACCACAAAAUGAUCUGCUUGCUCAUCCAAAAGCCAGAGCCUUUAUCACUCAUGCUGGCUCCCAUGGGAUCUAUGAGGGGAUCUGCAAUGCAGUACCAAUGGUGUUGAUGCCACUUUUUGGAGAUCAAAUGGACAAUGCAAAGCGGAUGGAAUCUCGAGGAGCAGGAGUGACUCUGAAUGUAGUUGAAAUGACUUCCAAGGAUUUAUCUGAUGCACUGAAGGCUGUUAUUUAUGAUAAAAAGUACAAAGAGAACAUCCAGCGUCUCUCAGCUCUCCACCUGGACAGGCCCAUUGAACCUCUUGAUCUUGCGGUUCAUUGGGUGGAGUUUGUGAUGAAGCACAAGGGGGCGCCCCACUUGAGGCCAGCAGCACAUGACCUCAACUGGAUCCAGUAUCACUCUAUUGACGUCAUUGCCUUCCUCCUGGCUGUUGUACUCCUUGCCCUAUUUAUCUCACUGAAGUGCUGCCUGUUUUGCUGCAGAAAGUGUUUCUGUAAAAGUGGAAGGAUGAGCAAGAAAAGCAAAUCAAAAUCACAUUGAAAUGGGGUGGGGCAUGUAAGAUGAAGAGGAAGAGAAGAAACUGGGUCCUGCUCUUGGGGUUCAGAAGGCAGAGGUAGCCAACAUGAUGUGAUCCAGAGGUUUUGGAUUACAACUCCCAUCAGACCUAGCUAGCAUGGUCAGAGAUGACAAGAGCUGUGGUACAAAAUAUCUGGAGGGCGCUAUGUUGUCUACCCCUGUCUUAAAGCAUCCUUCCUCAGUCUCAGUCCCAAUUUGCAGGAGCUCUUAAAAACACAUACAUGAUGAUUUGCAGGGUCACUUCCAUGCCUAUAUAUGCAUUCAAACUAUUUUAGUCAA